CUCUUGGUGGUUUUAUACGAAGUAAGUUUAAUAUAAGCUGUAUUUGUACUAAUAUUUUUAAUAAAAUAUAGUGUGUAAAACGACCUCAACAAUAAAUAGAAUCUUUCAUCGUGUAUUUUAAUAUAUUAAUGUUCGUGUUUUAUAAUUUUAUUCGAAAUCGUUCGUGUCUCGUUCGUCACUCGAGUCUCGAAAUAAACUAUAGUUUAAGUUGAUAUAGUGUUGCCUUGCGUUGUGUUAACUUGUCUACAACGAUAACGAGAUCUAAUAUAGCGUAGGUUCUUUCGAUAGAAUUAAGGACGAUCUACACUAUAGUUUGAAUAUGUAUUAUUUUACACUAACACAAGCUGAAAAGCGAGUACGAAACUAUAUACAACAAAAACAGAUUAUCAAUAAAUAUAAGAUAUUAAUAAUGAACUAUUUAUAUAUUAGAAUGCGUGCAAGAUACUGAUAGUGUUAAAAAUACUGUCAAUUCUCGACAUCCUCCGGGGGGCGCGAGAGUAUGGAUGACCACUGUUUCAAUUUUUACUAGUGUGAAGCUACCACAGGAUUCAACACAGGAUUCAGCCGCACUUAAAUCGCUUUCACCAAAAUGAGGCUUCAAAACGGGUCUGCUUGACUUUCGAACUAUGAGUCUAUGACGAGGGUCUGAAUGGGGUUAACUGACUACUGACAUUUGCCUGAAUUUUUGACUGACAACUGACAAAAUAUCCUAACUGACAACUGAGAAAUGAUGAAAAAACGAUGAGUCAGCUUUUUUGCAGUAACUGACUACUGACACCUUGCAAUAUAUCGCACUGACAACUGACAACUGGCUUAAAUUUUAGCUGACAACUGACACCCAAAGACCCCCAUUAAGACCCUCUAUGACGUCACCUGGGUGAGGAUUUGUUGAGGGAUUCGCAGACCUCUCAACUCUCGCGCAUUCGGCGUGAGUCUCACGCAAUUCGCUUCAGUCUCACGCUCUCACGCCAGACCUCUCAAUUCUCACGCAUUCGGCGUGAGUCUCACGCAAUUCGCUUCAGUCUCACGCUCUCUCUCACGCCACGUUUAGUAAAUCUAACGCAUAAAAAUUUUAUUACGUGCGGAAAAAUUUUUGGACCCCUAAAAUGGUACACUGACCGAAAGUGUAGAAUAAUUUUUCGGUACUAGUCUCACUCUUAACUUCUCUGCAAAGUUGAGAGGUCUGGAUUCGUUGCGUCUAGGGUUUCGUCAAUGCCUCAAUGGUGAUCUUUGGUUUCUCUGUUGUCACAUGUGGAGUUCGAUUUAUUACUAAAAUCACUAAACUGUCCACAUCCCGCUAAGAAUUUUAAACGGGGAAAGACAAUUUUGGUUCAAUCAUGUGAUCAAAUUGUUUCAUCAUUUUGGUCACAUGACUUCACGAUUUGACAGUGCUAAUUAUUCCCAGUCAACUUCGAAACAACUCAGUAUAUUACGGGAGAUCAUAUUAUAAGAAAGAUACUAGAAAGAUUGUUUAUUACGAUUAUGGAACUUUAAAAUGAACAUAAAACGAAUAUUCGAAAUAUUUCAUAUAUUCUGUUGCAUUGACCUUCGUUUGGAUGUUUGUGACCUUGUUUACGUUUGAAUAAAUUGACUGUCGAGUAACGAAUUUCUGACGUUUAAUUCAAAACUACGCACCUGAUUGAAUAAUAAAAUUAGAAACCCAUAUACAAAAAUAAAUUGAUAACAAAAGCAUGAAGUCAUGUGACCAAAAUGAUGAAACAAUUUGAUCACAUGAUUGAACCAAAAUUGAAUUUGGAAUUAUCAAACCGUUUAAAAUUCUUAGCGGGAUGUGGACAGUUUAGUGAUUUCAGUAAUAACUAAGUUUCAGUGGGUAGAGUUUAGUUACUGGUCUGUUCGUAUGUCCAGUACUUGUUUUGAUAUUUGCUGCCCGUACUAGUCCGUCUUUUCCCUUGAUUAAACUUUGUACAACAGCAAGUCUCCAGUUAACACGUUUCGUGUCAUCGUGUACUUGAACCACAUCACCAACACGUAUCUCGGUUGAAUUGUUUCCAGUGGUUUUAUGAAAUUCCCGUAAGCUUGUCAGAUAUUCUUGACGCCAACGUUUCCAAAAGUGUUGUAUUAUAUGUUCUCAAUUUUGCUUGGACGUCGAUGUUACUAGGUUAGGAUUCAUAGAUAGGAUCACGAAACUCGUCGUCUUCGUAAAGAGGGUGGGGUAAGGUGGUAAUUCUCCGGCCAUACAGUAGAUGGUAUGGUGUUAGUGGUUCUGCGUCUUCUAGUUCUGAUGAUACAUGGGUUAACGGGAGGUCAUUAAGGAUUGCUUCCGUUUCGGAAGAAAUUGUUUGGGGCUCUUCUAAAGUGACAUUCGCCUUUCCUAGAACCUUUUUCAAGGAGUUCUUUGUCAGACCAAUUAAUCUUUCCCAGAAACCACCGUACCAUGGUGCUCGUUUUGGGAUAAAUUUCCACUGGAUUCCUCGUUUACUGAGAUUGGUUUCCAACUCUGCUGAAUUGAAUAGUAGGGUCAACUCUUCUGCGGCAGAUUGGUACGUUGAUGCAUUGUCUGACACCAUAAUUUUUGGUAAGGACUUGCGGCUUGCGAAUCUUCGAAAAGCAGACAUGAAGGUCGGAACAGUUAAAUUUGUGACUACUUCGAGGUGGACUGCGCGUGUGUUUACACAGGUGAAUGUUAAGGAACUUCAAGAUUAAGGCGCGAUGUGGGCGCAGCGACCGCGAAACGUGAAUACGCAAUAAUUAACAUUGAUAAAUUGCGCGUAAGCAUGAUGUAGAUACAGCACGUUUCAACGUUAAAAUGGGAUGAAAAUAUGACACACCUUAGACGUGACUAAGGGAAGGAACUUUAUGUGGUUAAAAAAUGACGUAUGAACAGAAAAAUGGUUUCCUAGUUUUAGAGUAUAAAUAUGAGUGUAAAAAUAUUAUAUUGUAAUGGUAUUGGGUGAUUGGAAAGUGUGAGUAUUAGAGUGUAUUAGUAUGAAAUGUAUGUAGAAUGGUUAGUUUGAUUGAUUGUAAAAGAUUGUUUGAAUAAAGGAAAAUUGGAAAAAAGGAAAUACAGUCCCAGUGAUUUGUUGACUGAACCAGCGACCGGAAAUUUUUUAUAGUUUAACCAAACUUGUGCGAAGAAAUUACAACAGUGAACAAGCAAAUGUAGACCUUUUCUUGUCCACGUGGCGUUUUGACGUAGAUGGCCCCGGUGAAGUCUACACUGGUGACGGUAAAUGGGUGGGAAUCAGUCAUUCUAUAGAAUGGAAGUGGAGGUGGGUCAGGGGCAUUGAAUGGUGUUCCGAAGACCUUUCGACACGUUACACAUUUGCGAAGUAUUUUCUUGAUGUACUGGCGAGCUGUUGGAAUCCAAUACUUCUGGCGUACUAUUUGUGUCAGGGUUUGGUUUAAUCCAGCGUGUUGUAGUUUCUCGUGUGCAUCGUUGACAACCAGCAAGGUAAAAUGGUGGUUUGGGGGUAAACGUAUGGGAAACUUUGCUGAAUGUUCCACUGGUGCAUUGUGAAUUCUGCCACCACAACGAAUGAUGUUGUCUUCCAGAGUAAACAGGCGAAGUUGACGUACAAGGGGUAGACGAGAGGUUUUCGGCUUUUGUAUGUUGGCAAGUUCAUUACCGUAGGCGUCGUUUUAGAUUUCCCGUAUCCAAACAUUUCUCGCGUUUUCAACUUCGUAGACCUUUAGUGGUUUUCCCUUACAUACUUUGCCUUUUUUCAUGGCAUUAACGAAGAAGUACCCACGCUGUAGUUCGCAGUAGUCGUUGAAGGUCACUGAAUUUGGUAGGAACAAUAAUCUGGGUAGCCUGCGAACAGGCCCUGGGUUGCGGGCGGCGCGAAGAAUAGAGGGCCUGCACGGAACUAUAGGUUUUCUUGGUAGUGGCGUUCGUAUAGAAACGCAGGCUUCUGAUUGGCUUACACUCGUUGACAAAAUUACUAAAAAUAGCAAAUGUCAACAACAGCAUUUUGAAGAAUUUGAACUUUAUUCAUUUUAAUAUUAUAUAUUAUAGGACUAUCGAACAAAUAAAACUAGAAAUGGAAACCAAAAGCAAUAGCAAAGCAUCACAGCAAAAAAGUCUAUCAUAAAUGACUUGAAUCUAUCGCUUAAAUCCAAUAUAUACGAAACUAUAACAGUAUUCUGAACUUCGUCUUCGGAUUGACAUCAGACCAUAGUAUAGUACAUUUUGAGGUCGUCGUGGCUUCACGGAUUAUUCUCAUUAGUGAGCAAGUCAGCAAGCGAAGGCAUACAAAAGAUACCCAAAUAUGUACGAAUAAUUAUAUUGUUGAUCCUCGCUGGCAUGUCAUUUAGAUAAAUAUAUAUCGUACAUUAAACGUUGUACUAUUUACUGUAUAUUAACUGCUGACAAUUUCGUCGUCGAUACGGCUUCCACUAUUGGCACACUCGUGAUUUCGAAGAAAUUAAUAAAUACAUGCUCAUUUAUCAUUUAUUUAGACCACAGUUAGUAAAAUUUUAGACGUAUUCGGUAUUCCAAAUCCCAAUCUAUCUGACCGUAUUUUAGUAAUAGCUUCAAAAUAUUCAGAACAUUGUUCUUUCAGUCGCACAUAGUACAAGUAUCACUGUACACUCAGUUUAUUCGGCUUUAUAUUUGUAUGUGUAUUGAUAUCUAUUUAAUAUUUGAAGAAUUCUAUAUUUUUCCGAGUAAUAUAUAUUGUGCGGCCCGCUAAUGCUUUGUAUUAUUGUUCAUGUUGCACAAUGUACACGCCUUGCGUCAAUUUGACAGUUGACAGUUUAUUUAUCGCAGUCGACGCUGAUUGGUCAGCGUUUAGCAGAUGCAAAAAGGGGAUGAUUGAAUAAAACGCAUGGUUCCGUGCAGGCUCACCUUUCUCCCAGUGAGCCUGUUCGCAGGCUAUAAUCUGGGUUAUGCUGGCGUUUGUAGACGUGUCGGUGACUUCGGCAGUGACUUCGCUCGUUUCUUGAUCUUUGUCUAGGGAGGACUGCAGAAGAACGUUGUUAGGUUUCCAUUCUGGCCAGUGGUCGUGGGUGGUUAGCCAAGGUGGGCCAUGGGUCCACAAAUUAGACUUGGAACGGUCGUCUGCCAAGAUUCCUCGUGUUAGGAGAUCUGCUGGAUUGUCAGAAGUUGGACAGUAGUUCCAGGUAGCAUUGUUGGCAUUUGGGCUGCAACUGCAAUCGUACACAAUACGAAUAGGUGUGGUAGGGGAAUCCUUUAAUACGGCGUGAUGUGGGAUGUAGUGGCAAUAACCGUUUUGUGUGUCUGGAUUUGUAACUCUUUCAAUAAAACCUCGUUUUAACUGUUCGUUAAUAAGUUCACUGUAGGUUUUCAACAUCUUGGGAUCUUCAGCUAAUCUUCUUACAGUGGAACGGGUUCUCCCUUGGGCUACUGCUUCGUUGGUGGGAAGGGGGUCAUGGUUAGGUUUCCAUGGUAACUUUGCACAGUGUUGGCCAUUCACGAGUCGUAUUGAAGAAUCCUGAUAUUCCUUAACAAACUUGUCUUCGUGGGUUGUUAUUUCGUCUGGAAGAAUCCCAAUAGAUUCUAGAUUCCAAAAUCGUUCCAAAGCUUUACUUUCGUGUUCGUUUGAAACAAUGACUUUCAAGAUUGGUUGCAUUGAGUGAUGUUGUCGCAACAGCUGGCCCAGAAAGCAAGGGUCCAGAAAUCAAGUAGCCGAUUCUAGAUUUCGCUGCAGUGGGGCCCGGUCCCCUAGCGAUUUCAUCUUCGACAACGUCCCAGUAGUGGUCCGCGCCAAUCAAGAGGGAUAUGUGGAAAUGAUCAUCCGUCGUCAUAGGGUGUGCAAGUUUCAAGCCGUUGAGGUAUGGGAGGUUUCGAAUUUCGGCGGUGGGGAAACUUUUCUGCGGAACUACGAUUGUGGGAAUUAUCAAUACCUGUAUAGGAAUUUUUUCGCCAUCUCUUCGGUGUUGAGAUUAAUUGUAGCCAUGUCUACUUGUUUGAUAGAAGUCGAAGACCCGCCAAAGACUGAUAGAUUUAAGAUUUCACUUCCUUCAGGCGUAAGUUCGAGUUCGUCAGCUAAACUUUGGGUGAUAAAGGAACGUUGAGCCCCUUCAUCAAAGAGAAUGUUUGCUGUCGCUAUUUUGUUCUGUAUUGCUAUCGUAUUAGUGGCAGUUUUUGAGGAGUGUUUGUCUCCCAUAGUAGUCGUUGAAUGACAGAGACGUGUGGACACGGUCCGGGGUUUUGUCGACGAGUGGGUUGAUUUUUUCCGGUAUUUUUUGUCGCAUCUUUGUUCGUUUUAUUACAAAGACUCGUGUGGUGUUUCUUGUGACACCCUCGACAGCGAUUUCUCGAGUUACAAUCAGAUACGCGGUGAUUGUUCAAACAGUUAAAACAUAACUUCGCUUGGAAAACAAUAUUCUUACGGGCUGUGGGAUCCUUUACUACAGUACAAUCGUUAGGGCGGUGAUGGCCCGGACAGAAAAUGCAUAAACUCUUGUUUGUAGGACGAUUUUUAGGCGUGUAAAAUUCCUUUGCGUUGGCAUGGUUUCCAAACUUUCCGGAUGCGUUUGUCAGUAGACUCGAUGUUGAUGGUAGGGUGUUGACAGGUUUUGCCUUUGACUGAAAGAGUACUUCCCCAGCUUCUAGUAUUUGAAUUUCUUUCAAAAUUGAUUUGCGUAAUUGUUCUACUGACCAUUUAGUUGAACCGUUCUCUCGAAUUAAGUUGUGUUUGAUUGUAGUGGGAAGUUUACCCAAAACAAUGGGGAUUAAAAGGUCACCGUAGGUGUCUUGUUUCUUUCCUAACGCCUCGAGACCUCGAAUAUGAUUUCCAUGCUAUCGUAAAAUUGGCGCAGGGUAGACACUGAAUUUGAAGGGCAUGGUGGAUCAAACAAGGCUUGCAUGUGUGCGUUAGUUAUUUUGUGGGGUUGAUCAAAUCUCUGUUCCAAAAUUUCAAUACAUUGCUCGUAGUUUGACUCUGUAAGCGGUAAACCUUCGAUGAUUGCGCGGCUUCACCUGACACUUGAGCUUUGAGAUAUGUAAUUUUUUGUAUGUCGCUUAGGCUGGCGUUUUCUUGUAUAGCGACUUUAUACGAGUCCCAAAAGGUUUGCCAUUUUAACACGUUGCCGUUGAAUACUGGCAGGGCUAACUUCGGUAAUCUAUGACUAUUUGUAUUAUGCGAUUGUGGCGGCGUACUUUGAGUAGGAAAAACGUGUCCGUUUUGUGGUGUUGUGGUAGCCAUAUGGCUAUCUAACGAAUUACUAUGGAUUGUGCUUUGAUUGAUAAAUAAUUCUAUGGUGCACCUCUUUUUAGUCAGUUCCGUUAAAUAGUCGUCGGCUUCAAAGAUCUCCGUCUCUAAGCCCUUUUCGUCUUCGAUUAGAUCUGAUACAGUCUCAUCCAACUUUCGAAGUAGUUCGAUUUUCGCGUCGUACGUUGCCAGAAUGACCCGUAGUUUCUCAAUAUUAACUUCGUUCAUUUCACCGUUUAUGAGUAGUUCAGCUUUGUUCCAAAUUUUAGUUGCUUGUGCGUGUUGAGCGCCACGUUUUAUCUUUGCGCGUUUUAGACCGUCCAUCCUGGUCACGGCACCAAUGUCUCGUUCGUCACUCGAAAUAAGCUAUAGUGUUGCCUUGCGUUGUGUUAACUUGUCUACGACGAUAACGAGAUCUAAUAUAGCGUAGGUUCUUUCGAUAGAAUCAAGGACGAUCUACACCAUAAUUUGAAUAUGUAUUAUUUUACACUAACACAAGCUGAAAAGCGAGUGCGAAACUAUAUACAACAAAAACAGAUUAUCAAUAAUUAUCCUGAAUGUCCCAGUUAUCCUAGUGCAAGUAUAAUUCUAUCCUAGUUUAAUUAACCAACCAUGUUCGAUAUAAGAUACAACUAGAAGUCACUAUCGCAAGGAAAUGCUGCCUCGACCCAAGGGAUGAAAAGCAGCAUGCGCGUUUUGCUGAAUAAGGAUCUGUUUAUAUGAUCACACUUUGCCAGGAUAUAUCAUGAGGCAGGAUGAUUUCAAUGUGCUGAAAUAAGUCACAGUGCAUAUUAUUCAGCAAAAAACUUCAUUAUUUUCUAGAGAUGGAUUAUAAUUAACUGUAUAUGAAAGGUUGUUCAAGCAUAAUAACCUUCUUGAACCACAAGAUCUUCUCUACAACAUUUGAGAUCUGUUCACCAGCAUUUGAACUUUCUUUUAGCUGGUGACUAAUAUUUCAAUAUUUACAUCAAAAUUGUCCUGCCUCCAUCAUGCGAACAGCACCUAAGACGCGUGUUCAGGAGGUAGGAAAAGCGUAAUUUGAAUAUCAAACACCUUGCACAAAGUCAAGGGUCGGCUAAAUGUUCGAAUUCUACUUUCUUAGCAUGUGCGGUUUUAUAUGGACAUCUUCAAUGCUUAUAACUGCUUGUUUUUGUAUGUGUAAUUCAUAUACAGUCGAACCCCUAUAAGCGGACACCUCUUUUAAGCGGACACAUAUCUCAGGUCCCAUUCGGUUUCUUUAAUAAAAUACUAUUAUCAUAACCCCUAUUAAGCGGACACCCCUCUUUAACGGACGCGGACACCUUUCUGGAGAUCCCAAUGGGCAAAUCAACCUCUCUUAAGCGGACAGAUGACAGAUUGUCUGAUAAAAUGUAUUAAAUAUUCGACAGUAAAUAACAAUUGAGAUCAAUUUACAUGGCACAGUGACACACCAACUUGGCGCGAGGACAUCAGAGCCAAGAUUAUUGAGCAAGUGACGAACGAGGACGGAGGACUGUGAACCGCCAGCCAUGAUGAUACUCAAAUUAUACACCUAAUUACACACCUUUUCCUCCUGCUGUGUUUUUCUACAUACCCCUUUUAAGCGGACACCUCUUUUAGGCGGACACUUAGGCGAGGUCCCGAAGGUGUCCGCUUAAUAGGGGUUCGACUGUAAUACUGUCAGUGGUGAAGCUAGCCAUAUAUGGCAUAUAGCAACAGGUCAUGCUAUGCACGUUUUUAAUGAUUUGCAUUAUUCAAAUAGAUGCAGGUUAUUAGCAUUGCAUGGCUAGUUGCCAUAGCUAGCUUAUCACUGAAUACUGUACAAUGUUUAUAUAAAAAUAAUAAGUCGGGGUUUGUUCCAGUUAUUGUUUUAACGCCACUUUCAAGGCUGCCCAUAUCACAGAACAACCGACUAAUAUGUCAGCUUCAAAUGACACCAUUCAUUGUAAUGAUUAAGGUUGUACUCAGUCAGAACUGCAAAACUAUAUUAAUAUUAAUAAUAAGAAAGAAAUUGUGAGCAUUAUCGAAAAAUACAAUAUACUCUGAAAUGUAGUAACACAGCCAGAUAAAUAUAUGAAUAUAGGCCGGUAGGAUUAUUUCAUCUUAUGCUAACAAUGGACAUAUCUCAGAGGCCUUAUACAAAAGUCAAUUGACAUACAUACUAUUACAUGUAAAUUGUAAUUGCUGGUAAGUCAAUAGACAAUAUGUCCAGACAACAAUCCACACUGGGUUGCUUUAGGAAUCUUAUUACAGUAAGCCUCAUGAUUUAACAACAUUCUGCGUUUGUUUUUAAACUAUAAACAUCUAGACAAUGAACACUAUAUAAACUCAUCGUCUUGGCUGGCUUGGCACAUAACAAACAAAUAAACUAUAAAGUACAUUUUGACUCUUUGUAUAAAUAAGGCAUUAUUGACGGAUAGAUCGGGUGGGCUAUUAUUAAAACUGCCCGUAAAUGGGCAAUUCCAGCUUUUAGUAAUGCGUGCAGGGGACGAUGGGAAGUAAAGUAUCACAUUGCUGAUUAUGCUGAAAAAAUAAAAAUGGUGGCCGUGUAAACACGGAGUAAUAGCUUAUACUUGUAAAUAUUGAAAUAUUUCGGAAGUUUCGGUAGUUUUUAUUGAAAUUUUUCAGCAUAAUUGGCAAUAUGAUACCUUACUUCGCAUCAUCCCCUGUAGGCAUAAACUAAAAGCUGGAAUUGCCUAUUCAUGAAAUCAUAUUGUUUCAAUACCUCAGAGCUCUUAAGUACAUCUUGUCUCUUUGUAUUAAGACAUUAUUUUAAAAUGUUCUAUUAAAACGAGCAAGUGGACAAUGGGAUAUUUCGGGCUGUAAGAAGCGCCGAUAAAUAAAAGCGCAUUGCUUGCCUCUAGAAUAAACGUCAAACGUUCAUCGCCUUAAUGGAUAUUAGCACAAAGAAAUAAAGCCAUACUAACCUGGUUUCUUCAGGAAGUAUUCGUAUAUUUUGCAUUUUCAGAUCCAGAGUAAAAAGCUUGCAAAUUAUGUGCACGCAAUUCAAUAUUUAUCUCGCACUCAAGAGGGGUAGAUCUAAUAUUAGCAUUAAGGACAGGGUUAAGUUGAGAUAUUAAUAGGCUUUCACGGAUAAGAAGAUCCCACUCAGAAGUGCCUGAUGAUAGGAUUUUGAAAUCAGAAGCGGAGACUGGGUGUUUGUGCAUGUGUUUGUGAGCGAGUAUACUAGACAUGGUUGAGAUAGAGCGUUCUUUUCCAGUCAAAGGCGAGACUCCCAUAUGCUCUGAGAUACGUGCGUGAAUGUGUCGGCGUGUUUGGCCAACAUACAAUGCGCUACAGCAUUGACACGUGAACUGAUACACAACAUGUGAUCUUAGGGCAUUGGGAAUUCUGUCUUUAAAUGGAAAGAAACUAGAAAGGCGACAGGAGGGACGGAAAACAACACGUAUGGAAAUAUGUGGAUAAGCAGAAGCAAGAACUUUACUAAGUUGUGAACGGAUAUGUAGACCAUGAUGUCCAGUGCAAGGAAGGCAAAAGUAAACAAUUUUCUUGGAACAUGUAAUGGACCUUGUCCUUAGUGUUGUAAAUCCUGUCAAGAAAUGUCUUAAUGCAACUAUCUAUAAGUGCUUUAGGAUAACCAUUGGAAGAAAAGAUUUUCUUAAAAUUUUCCAUUUCAGAACUGGAAAGAUAUGUAAGAAGAACAAAUAUUGAAAUAUCGAGAUAUAAGAGAGAAGAGGAGACCUUUUUUGUACAUCAUUGGAAUAAAGCUAUCAAAGUUUGUGAAUAAGCCAGUUGAAGUGCAUUUGUGAUGGACUGAGGUCGUGAAUGAACCGUUUGAACGCAUUACGUUGACAUCAAGAAAAGGUAGCGAAGAACUGUUUUCAAGUUCAUGUGUGAAUUGAAUAUUUGAAUGUUUGGAAUUGAGAUAAGAGAGGAAGGGAAGCACAUGAUCACGGGAUUGAAAGAUCAGAAAACAAUCAUCAACAUAACGACGAUAAAACAAAGGUUUAAAGUUAGAAGGGCAGUCAGCUAACAAGGUUUUCCAUGGAAUGAUAGAAAGAUAUUAGCAAACAGUGGACCAAGUGGUGAACCCAUUGCAACACCAUCAACCUGCUUAUAAAGAGCACCAUCAAAUAGAAAAUGACAAUUCUUUACAGAUAAGUUAAGAAGUUGAGUGAAUUGAUCAACUGUGAAAUCGUGAAAGCGCGAGGUAUUAUAGAAACACCAGGGCGAGAAACACUUAUUAACAAUUAAUACCUCGCACUUUCACGGUUUCACAGUUGAUCAAUCACAAGUGCACUUCAACUGGCUUAUUCACAAACUUUGAUAGCUUUAUUCCAAUGAUGUACAAAAAGGUCUCCUCUUCUCUCUUAUAUCUCGAUAUUUCAAUAUUUGUUCUUCUUACAUAUCUUUCCAGUCUGAAAUGGAAAAUUUUAAGAAAACCUUUUCUUCCAAUGGUUAUCCUAAAGCACUUAUAGAUAGUUGCAUUAAGACAUUUCUUGACAGGAUUUACAACACUAAGGACAAGGUCCAUACAUGUUCCAAGAAAAUUGUUUACUUUUGCCUUCCUUUCACUGGACAUCAUGGUCUACAUAUCCGUUCACAACUUAGUAAAGUUCUUGCUUCUGCUUAUCCACAUAUUUCCAUGCGUGUUGUUUUCCGUCCCUCCUGUCGCCUUUCACCUUUCUAGUUUCUUUCCAUUUAAAGACAGAAUUCCCAUUGCCCUGAGAUCACAUGUUGUGUAUCAGUUCACGUGUCAAUGCUGUAGCGCAUUGUAUGUUGGCCAAACACGCCGACACAUUCACACACGUAUCUCAGAGCAUAUGGGAGUCUCGCCUUUGACUGGAAAAGAACGCUCUAUCUCAACCAUGUCUAGUAUACUCGCUCACAAACACAUGCACAAACACCCAGUCUCCGCUUCUGAUUUCAAAAUCCUAUCAUCAGGCACUUCUGAGUGGGAUCUUCUUAUCCGUGAAAGCCUAUUAAUAUCUCAACUUAACCCUGUCCUUAAUGCUAAUAUUAGAUCUCUACCCCUCUUGAGUUAUUUUAGUUAUGUAAUAUUAACCUUAACUAUACUAACCAUACAUUAAUCUUUACUUAUUAACUAGUCACUGAUAAGUUGUUUUCCUUUCUUUCUAUUCAUUUGUUCUUUCAAACUAUGUAACCGUUUUUGUAAUAUUAAACCAUUAUUUUGUAAAUAUAUAUACCAUACCCUGUAAAUUAAUUUAGAUUGCUCUGAAGAUGUUGUAUUGUAAACAACGAAACGUUAGCUAAUAAAUUUUUUACUUUUAUUAUGUUUCGAUUUAAAGUUAUUUGCUGGGCUCUGCUCUUUAUCUUUAAACUCAGAUUUCCGCCUGGUGUAUCAAUUGCCACAGUUUUAAAGAGUAUUUCAUUAUACGAUUUCUUAGCUAAUAGAAUAGAUUGAUUGAAGCAAGAUUUUCGCAAAUAUCGACGAAAAAGUGCAUUUUAGGUUGUGAUUUGACGAGGCUAAUUACCGGGUAAAAAUGGUGCUUAUACAUCGCAAUUUUUCAACUUGCCACUCAUUGCUCUCAAAGGUCUUUUUGAAAAGUCGUUGACAAUAGGCAGAAAAAAUCUUUGAAAGUCUUUGAAUAUUAAUUUUUUGGUCUUGGAGACUACGAACCCUGUAUAUAUCAUGUCAUGCUUAUAAUGAUAUAUUAUUAAAAGCAUACGACGGCGAUACCCCGGGGGAGGGGAUGGUGCAGUUGAAAGUUUGCCUGAAUUUUUAUGCACGAUUGUAAUGAAAUAACCAGAAUUUAACAUGUUUUCUGAUAAAGCUGUCCAAGUUUUCUUGAUUUUCCCGAUAAACCGGACCGCCAACUUGCUGUGUGCGGUGCAUAUUUAAAUUGUCACUAAAAUUUAGAAGAAGUGAAUAUCUGCGUUCCAGUGGCUAUGUUCGGGCAUACAGACAAUACACAUCCUACGCAUGCUGAGGUUCGCACCAUUCACUUAAAUAUUAUAUCUUUUUCUACAGUGUUCACCUGUUUUGAAUUAACGAAAUAUAUGAUAGCCACGCCUAUUUUGCGAAUGCCACACCCAUUUGUCUGUAAAAUUGGAAUGCUUUCAGCCUCCCACUAAAAUGGUCACUGAUAGUUUGUGACAAUAGCAUAAUAUGUUUGACCCACUAUUCUCAACAGGUUUGAAGAAAGUCCAAAAAGGAACAGACAUCCAAGUGAAGAAUGUUUUCGCUUACUGUUGGUGGUGUUGCUAUUGGAUUGGCUUUCUUUCUCUUUCGUCCCAGUGUAUGCAUUUUGGAAGAGUAUACUCCAUUGUACUUAAAACAAAUUGGUUACAGUGCCUCAUUUAUUGGCUUGGCUCCUGUCCUUGGUCUCGUAACUCAGACUGUCGGCAUACCAUUGCUUGGCUAUCUGGCAGACAAAUUUCGAGCAAGAAGACUAUUCUUAUUUCUCUCUGUGUUCAUAUCAAUCCCUAGUACUUUGCUAUUUCUUGCUGCUGAAACCCCAGAACCAAUUUGUGAUGAAUCCAUGGGGAACUCGACCAUAACAAAUAACACCAUAGUUACAUCGUUGAACAGAACAGACAAUUUUACCAGCUUACCAUCGGCAUUACCUUCGUUCUCCAUGAAAACUCAAAGUGAAAAUAACGGAGAAAGAUUGAAAUUCUUCUUCAUUUUUAUGGUUUUAAGGGGAAUAUUUGAACUGUCAAAGAGACUUACUGUCACAUUGAUUACAGUUGCCGCUAUGACCCAUUUAAAGCAGGAUAAAUCAAAAUUCGGUUAUUAUGCAUGUUGGGGAGAAAUUGGUGGUGGUAUUGCAUUGUUUGUUGUUGGAAUGUCGUUAUACCACUUCCAACAUAAUGUAUGUGGUGAUCAAGGUCCGGAUUAUGUUGUUAUUUUCUUUUUUGUGGUUGGUUUUCAGGUUUUGACCCUUGGCACGUUGCCAUUUAUGAAAUUUCAAUACCUCGAACACAGAGUGAUAGACUACAAAGAAGUUAAGAAAGUUUUAACCAACCCUCAUUAUAUUUUAAUUUUGGUAAUUUGCUGUCAUUCCGGCCUGUGCUCGGCGUUCCAAGCUCGAUGGGAAUUCUGGUAUAUAGAGAAACUUGGUGGGAGUUCAGUUGUAAUGGCUGUUGGAGGUUUAGCGAGACGACCAAUCGUAGCCGUUUGGUUUUUACUGUCCCGUCUUAUAAUUAGACGAUUUGGCGAGAUGAGAGUCAUUGCUUUUUCAUUGUUCAUUUUUGCUGCCUCUUUUUUCGCACUGGCCUUCAUCGAAAAUGCUUGGCUUGUUAUCGUGUUUGAUAAUUUUCAAGCUGCAUCCUAUGUCUUAUCAUUCGCAUCGUUUGUUGUCCAUUUCUCGAAAGCUGGUUCAGAAGCAUCCACUGCUUUUUUUCAAGGUACGUUUAUACUUCAUUAAAAUGCUUUGUGAAUGAGGAAGACCCGUUGACCGUUGUAAUUAUUUCACAGAUGUAAUAAACAUUUUUAGUUUUGCAUUAGGAGACAGAAGAUCGUCAUCUUUCGCAAUUAUUUAGCCAAUACGUUUGCAGGGUGCGAUAAUUCAAUAUUUUUGGCCGUACCUGACUGGUACUCCGACAACUUUUGCCGCGUACCUGUCAAGACGUACCUAAGACUACUUCCGAGUCAUGCGUUUUUAUACCUACGUAUAGUUUUAAUGCUGGUCCAAAAGCAAUUUUGUACAAAUGAAUCUUUAAUUAUGGUAUUUGUACAACAUAAUGUAACAGUUCUCAAAGCGUCGACGUUGUGACCGGCUCGAAUGCCAUCGCUCAUUUACAGUGAAUUUACCGAGGGUACUAACUGUCCGACCUCAGCUACAUACAGUGGUGGCAGGUUGGCUAGUUAUUGCUAGAAGGGAAAUAGCUAGUGUAAUACACGAAUAGUAAAUUUCCGUGUACCUACGUGGUACUUGGCUAAAAACAAAGAAGUACCAGACCAUAAAUUUGGCGUACCUCCGGUACGUUGGUACGCGAAUUAUCGCACCCUGCUUCGCUUACUUUAUCUCUUGUACAUGUAUAGGGAGUUUGGUGAAUACAACCGGCGACUUUAAAUGAAGACGUCCUGAAUAGCACAUUUAUUGCAAGACGUUUUGGGCAUUCUAGUACGCCGUUAUUUUUCAAAUACCAUGUUAUGCAUGCACAUCAUUCCGACAUUGCAUACGAAUUCGCACUUGAUUAAGCAUGAUUUGAAGGAAUAGCAAGCCUAGUACGUUGUGCUAUCAUAGAUAAGCAGAUGGGGGAAAUCGACGUCAAUAUUUUUUUAUGAUUUAUUUUAAAGAUAUAAAAGAAAUCCGCACCGGUGGGUUAAAGUCUUCAAAAUAAAGACGAAUUCUUUUGCCAUUUUCGGGAAAUGUCACUCUUUUUUUGAAUAUAUUUCUUCACAGACAGAGAUUUUUCGUCGUAAUUUUUGUUGUCAUUUUGUCUUUAUUGUGCUUUUCUUCCCUUCUUAGGGCGAUGUACAGUAAGGCGACUCCAUCCUGUUUUUGUUCAUGUUUCCACAUUGCAUUGAUAUGAUACAUCAUUGUGCGAUAAUUCUCCAUAUCACACCCAUUAUAUCACAUCAUUUGAUAUCACAACUCCAUUCAGCAAUUGAGUUGUUAUGAUUAUUUCACCGUUGGCUUUCAGGUUACAGAACACCUUUGAGUGUUAAUUUUGCCUAAAAAUUUUUUUAUUGGUUUCCAUGAAAGCAUUAGACUAGUUCUACUGUCUGACCAAGUUUGAACGAAAAAUCUUGAAAACUCGCAGAAUCGGAAAAACAUUGAAAAUGUAAUAUAAUCAAAUUCAAUUUUCUCCCGAAGAAUUUUACGGCAAUUACUGAUUUUCAAACGAGUUGUUCUCCUGCGGGUUUUAACGACUUUUUCUCACAUUUUCACAGGACAUGCAGCUAAAGACGUCAGUUUCAAAAUUGAAAUAUAUUGCAGUCGUCAAAGAAAGCGCCAUAUCAGCGGAAUGACGAAAUAAACAAAAAUUUCCGAGACACACAAUUUUUGAGAACAACCGUUUUACUAUACAAAAAUGAUAUUUUCAUAAAUAUAUCAUCUUAAAACCAGCAGGAAAACAACUCAAAAGCGUAAAGGUACCGCGAUUUAAGAUUUUCCUCAAUAAUUACAUUAUUUUAUUGUUUGUCAAUUUUACAACUUUACCAUAUUUUGCAUGCACUGGCGAACAUUUGGUGAAAAUUUGAUGAAAAUGGGACUGAUAUUGAGCGCGCAGCCGCAGUAGCGAUUUUCUGCAAAACGCCAAAAAGGGUGUCCUAACCUUUUUCACGAAUCCUUUUUAAUUAAAUAACGAUUAUCAAAACUGUUUGGGGUAUUGUGGAAUGGUUUAAAAGAAAGACAAAUUCUGCGGUAUUGAAAGACAUUAAACUUUCAAACUAAAUUGUCUCGUAGCAGUUCUUGUUUACCAAACUUUCUUUUCUUAUCAUCUUUCUAAAAGCCUUUUGUAGUAACAGUUAUGUAUCAAUUCUUUUCUGAACAGGCGCAGUAAGUUUAACAUUCCAUGGCAUUGGGAAGGAAGUUGGUACUGCAAUCACUGGCUACCUAUUUACCGCAGUAGGAACAAAGAUUGCGUUAUGUGCUUAUUCACUGCUGACCGUGGUUCUUCUUGUGAUAUUUUCAAUUUAUAUGUUUACUGCUAAAGAUCUUAUCAGAUACACGAGAUUGCAAGAGAAUGAAGAGGAUGAAGCUGAAAUGAAUCUGGUGGAGGAGGUUUGAUUUGGUUUCCAUUCGAUCGUGAGUGCUCAUGUCAUUAGCAAAUUAAGAUUCACACAUAACAUAAACUAAAUAUUUAUAGAUCUAUAUACAAUAUUUAACAUGGAUGCAUACAGCAACCAAUUAAUUUAGUUAGGUUUAUUUAUUUAUUUAUUUACUAUAAAACUUCGGGCAAUUUCGUUGUUAUUGUAUUUGUCAACACACGAUCUCACUUCAGCAUGGCUUUCUCGUCGUGUCUUUCAAAAUCUCGUGCGGUUAGCACUGUUUACAAAUGUUCAUACUGUAAUACACCUCGUUGCUGAAACAUCAAAAGUAUACAAAGUUCGCACAGACAGAAGGUCAACCAUGCACAAUCUCUGCGGUUCAAAAAGGUUUCACGGUCUUCUUUAUUCUGCGACGGUGGUCUGUUAGUAUCACCGAACUUCCAGGGGCGGCGGAACAAGGAAGGGGGAGGGGUGCUAUGUGGGCUAUAACCCCCAGAAGUAAAAGUGGCGGCUAAACUACCCAAAAAUGAUCAGAGUAAGACAGUAAUAUGAAGAUUGUAGAUCGCAACUACUGCAUGUCACCUAAAAACAACUGACAUCCAUGAACGUCUCUAGGAUAACAAUAUUUCUAGCCAUAUACAUGUAAUUUUUUUCUGUUGUGAAGGGGUAGAGGGAUUAUUAGAGUCGGGGGUCUAA